UGAUAUACCUAAUCACAUCCCCAAACUCCCAUCUCAGUCGUCUCCUCUCUGCGCACUUUUCCAGCGUCCGAUCUCCUCUCCUCUCCUCGAUUCUCCUCGCGCCCAAAUACAAAUUCUCAAUUUCUCAGAUAGGGUUCAUUUGGUGGCGGUUAUGGCGGACGGUCAGCAUCCGGCGAGUCCCGGCGGUGGCAGCCACGACAGCGGGGACCAUAGCCCCGGCCCCAGGUCGAAUGUUCGGGAGCAGGAUAGGUUUCUCCCGAUCGCGAAUAUCAGUCGGAUCAUGAAGAAGGCUCUUCCGGCGAGCGGUAAGAUUGCUAAGGAUGCCAAGGAGACUGUUCAGGAAUGUGUUUCUGAGUUCAUCAGCUUCGUCACCAGCGAGGCAAGCGACAAAUGCCAAAAGGAGAAAAGGAAAACUGUUAAUGGUGAUGAUCUUCUCUGGGCAAUGGCAACUUUAGGAUUUGAGGAUUAUAUCGAUCCUCUCAAGGUGUAUCUCACUCGAUAUAGAGAGAUGGAGGGUGAUACAAAGGGAUCAGCAAAGGCUUCAGAUGGCUCUUCUAGAGAUGCAGUGCCUAAUCCUAACUCACAGGGCUUUUCGAAAUAUCUUACUUUAUUUGCUCCAGAAGGAAUAUCAAAAUGCAUUCAAGUGCAAUAAUUCAUGGAGAACAUUUUUCCAAAUUUUUUUGCUAAUAAGUAAUAACUGAUUAGAUAUGUUCACGUGAAUGAACAAUGGGGGCAGCGCUUUCAGCAUGCAAAAAAAUGUGUCUUUCUUUGAGUGUUCUUUGACUUUGCCGUGAAAUAUUCACUUACUAAGAGUCUUACAGGUGGGAUUUGAUUA